CGGAGAGGCGACCCGUCUAUCAAGGAAAUUCUUUCACAUUGAUUUUACAAGUUGUUUUAAAAAUGUAUUUUCGUUAGUCAGUGUGUUGAACCAGCGGAAUUCCGCUCAUACGCAAACAAUUCAAACAGUUUAUGUGUAAUAUACUAAUAAGCCAUGUUCGUAUUAGACAUCAAUGGCCGUAUUGCUGUUUUGUCGUGCUUCAAUAAUAUGUGUUUUGUCGUGUCUGGACAUUAGAUUGUAAUGUUUCAAUCAAAUAAUGUGAUCAUGCAUAACUAUAUUUGCCGAAAGUGGUUGCUGCUGCUGUUAUUCGUGGUUUAUCGGAAGCUGGACCCUGUAGAAGGCUUAAAAUGUUACUGCGACACAUCGGGCCCCAGCUGCCAGAACGAGACCUGCGAGACAGACGGCUUCUGCUUCGCCUCCACCACGCUCAAGGACGGCGUCGAGAAAUACGAAUACCGCUGUAUGGACCGUAAAGCACUGAUACCGCCGGAGCACCCCUUCGGUUGCUCCACGACGAAGGCUAAAAAUGAGUCCGUGGUGAUACAGUGUUGUGACAGUCGUGACAUGUGCAAUCGCGAUAUGCGUCCGCAGCUGCAGCCGAAGCCGCCAGACACGACACCCAGCGCGGCGGCAUGGCAAGUGGUGCCCUGGAUCAUUGGCCUCAUGGUACUGGGCAUUUGCGCCGCCAUAAGCUUCUGGUGGGCCAAGAGGUCGCGAAAGAUGCUCAAGAGAGGCCUGGGCUCCAGGCCGCUGUUCCCCGCCGAGGACUCGUUGUGUGAACCGAGACAUCCGAUACUGGGGGGAACGGCUACUAUCAGGGAUAUGAUUGAGUUGACGACCUCUGGAUCUGGAUCAGGUCUCCCCCUACUGGUCCAACGUUCCAUCGCCCGCCAGAUCCAACUGGUGGACAUCAUCGGCAAGGGCCGCUUCGGCGAGGUGUGGCGCGGCCGCUGGCGGGGCGAGAACGUCGCCGUGAAGAUAUUCUCGUCGCGCGAGGAGUGCUCCUGGUUCCGCGAGGCCGAGAUAUACCAGACUGUCAUGUUGCGACAUGAGAACAUACUCGGGUUCAUCGCUGCUGAUAAUAAAGACAACGGCACAUGGACACAGCUGUGGCUGAUCACCGACUACCACGAGAACGGGUCGCUAUUCGACUUCCUCACAGCGCGUACCAUCGACUCGGCCACGCUCGUCAAAAUGGCGCUCAGCGUCGCCACCGGCCUGGCGCAUCUGCACAUGGACAUCGUCGGCACUAAAGGCAAGCCAGCCAUCGCCCACCGUGAUCUCAAAUCGAAGAACAUCCUAGUGAAGAGUAACCUCACCUGCGUGAUCGGUGACCUCGGGCUGGCGGUGCGGCACAACGUGUCCAGCGAUUCAGUGGACGUGCCGUCGACUAAUCGCGUCGGCACCAAGCGGUACAUGGCGCCGGAGGUGCUAGACGAAACGAUGGACACGCGCCAGUUCGACCCGUACAAGCGCUCGGACGUGUACUCGUUCGGACUCGUCGUAUGGGAGAUGGCGCGACGCUGCGGCGCGCUGCCUGACGAAUACCAGCCGCCGUACCACGACUGUGUGCCGCCCGACCCUGCCCUUGAGGACAUGAGGAGGGUCGUGUGCUUGGAGCGCCGGCGGCCCAGCGUGCCCAACCGGUGGCACUCGGACCCGAUCCUCUCCUCAAUCUCAAAGGUGAUGAAGGAGUGCUGGUACCAGAACCCGGCCGCGCGGCUCACGGCGCUGCGCAUCAAGAAGACCCUCGCCAACAUCGGCGCGGGCGACCUCGGCAAGAUGUAGACCGAACGGACGCCGAUUGGACGGCCCUUGGUCAGGUCUGUUACUCUAUAACCACCACGUUUCACGCAAAAAUAUUGCUUACCCGGUUGUCAAUAUGGACGAUUUCUGAAUGCAUUUGAUUGACAAUCGACGUAACUUUUUGCGGAGGAUGACUUACGUUGGUUACAUAUAGAAGGUGUAGCAAUAAACGCACUAUAGGUUACUACGCCAAAUCUGGUGUGCAUGAACUAAGCAAUAGAUCUAUUUGUGAAAUGCUUUCGCAGAUUUAACUUGACUGAUGUUAUGAUUCGUUUAUUUCAUUCACGUAAGCUUUGGUUCACACGCAAAGCCUUCUUAUGAAACAAUAAAGUAAAAACUAUAAUUGUCAUAUACUGUGCGUUUUCAAUAACUGAAACAUCAUAGCUUACACCUCUAUGGAACUUACGCGGUGGUUAUAAGACGCCAAUUGUAUAAAGAUAGUAGAAUAUUAGCAGCGCAGUGCGAAUUUAAAAAGUGUCAUGAACUAAGAAACUUGUGUUCGUGGUGCUUUUUUAAUAUGUACGACUGAAUAGUAGAAACGAGUCAUUGUAGUAGUAAGGAAAAGGAACGCUUGGCGUAUUGAGUUGGGGUUCUGGUUAUUAAAUAUCGUGCAAUAGAGUUCUUGGUACAAAAUUUCAAUUCUAAAUUCGACUAUUGCAACGAGAUAUUUUUAUAUCUUUGCAUUAGAUUUACUACUUCACGCUGGUGAUGAAGAAUUUAUACUAUUUGUCCUAAUUGGAACUUUAUUUCUUCUAAAAUUUACAAUUAUGUAUAUAAUUCAAACUGUAUGCAGCCUUAUGGCGGAAUCUCGAAUUAUCCGUGGAAUAUCGCAAAUAUUGCAAACAUAAUUUUUAUUUGAACCUGUGCGACGUUUUUCUAGCUUGGCGAAUAUUUACAUCUAAUAUAAAAUGAGAUUAGUCCCAGAACUCUAUUGCAACUAAGAGUUCAAUCGGUUGAAUGUUGUUUUUAUAAAGACCGGGCGCACACAGAGGGGAAAUAUACUUUGAUUCUAACGAUACAGAUGUAGUGCAUAAUUGUUUACCAUCGUAUAUUCACGGAAACGUACGAACGUGUCAUGCUAUUUCAGCCAGUCAGUACAGAAAGCACUGAGCUUCACUGAAGUAGCAUGAGAAAUACGAACGUUUCCGAGAAAAAAAAAAACUGUACAUGCGUAUUGAGACGUUUUAACUCUAGAUGUUUCUAUGUUCUAGAUAGAAGUAUUUGAAGGUAUUCAUGUAGGUACCUGCGUUUGCGUGCGUCUCAGUCUUGCGCGGUCGCCUUACGAUACACCUUGCGGUUUGAUCUUGGUAUCGCUAGGGUUUUAUCUUGUAAUUGUAUAAUAUUUGUGCUGAGUGUCUAACGUAGAUAAAAACAGACGUUAGAAGGGUAAGAUAUAUGCGUCAUAAGAGAUAAAUACAUGUUUAAUAUUUGCCUCAGUGCAUAUCUUAAGUCAAAGGAGAUACACGAACGGCAAUGUGUAUCGUGAGACGUAAGCCCAGUUCGGCCCCGCCGAAUUGUCCUGACCCCUACCUCUUAGAUUUAUAUUAUUAAAUAUAAUAAUAUCAGAAAGGAGCAUUUAAUAAAUACGUUAUACGGACUUCAUGUAGUGAUAUUAUUUUGUUACCAAGAACGUAGUUUUUAUUUGUUAAGGCUAUCCUGUUUUUUGAGUUUUUAUCGUAAUAUUUGUAAAAAGCUUUUAUUUUAUUUUCCUGUGAUAUUUGACUUCGCAGAUAGCGUGUUGUUUCCGAGUGUAUCUAAUAAGUAGGAACCCAUAUAACGCGUCGAGUCGUGAAUGUAAUUAAGGGAUUAAUGAGGGAUUGCAAAGUACACUUACAGUAGUAAGAAAACUUAGUUACUAUCACUUAUUAUUUUAGUAACUAUGUCGUGUUGGCGCGUUAUGUGAGUGACCGUGCUGUAUCCGUGUUUGUUACCACGAUUGGUAAUUUUCGCUUUCGAAUGAUUAAGAAUUAUUAAGUGGAGCUACUUGUUCGCGAGUAAUGUGUAGCCUAUGGGUAGUGGUUUACUCAGAAUACAAUGUAAAGUACAUACAUACAUAAGCUAGCGAAAAUUACGACUCGUAAUGCGUUUCAUUUCAAAUAUAAUUCUAUACCAAAUCUAUUGCUGCGUUAUGCCAGGGUGAACGGGGCGUCACAAUUUGUUGGCUUUAACAAAUAUUAAGAAAAAUAAGUACACGGUUGAUAUCUUUAAUACUCUACCGACUAAGUUACAACUCCUGAAAUAAUAAUAUUGGACGGUCCGAAAAGUUAUUCAAAGGAUAUUGUUUGUGUUUUUUGAAGUCAUUAAUGAUCUCUCAUACUAAGUACUAGCUAAAAAUUAUUCGACUCUAGGGCUUUUAAAAUAAAACCGUAUUCACAACGUUCGCCCAUUGAAAAACAGCUUUCAAUGUUUGCGUUCUAAUGCAUUUGUUUUUCUUACACAUGUCAGAAACAACGUGUGUUAAAAAGGGACAGAUGUACCUAUAGGAACGCGAUUACUUUGCUCCGCUGUCGACGCUCCCUUCACCCUCGUAGUCUCGCACUUUAUUCGAUGCAGGAGCGUUUUCAAAAUCGAAACUUAUAAGUUACUAGCGACCCGUCCCGGUUUUGCACGGGUUAACAAAUUAUACACCUAAACCUUCCUCAAGAAUCACUCUAUUGAUAGGUGAAAACCGCAUGAAAAUCCGUUCAGAAGUUUUUGAGUUUAUCGCGAACAAACAGGCAAACAGACAGAUGCGGCGGGGGACUUUGUUUUAUAAGGUGUAGUGAUAUCUGACAAAACAUUUGCAACUAUGUAUUACAAAGUUUAUAUUGCAUUUUACAAAGUCACUCUUCCAUUUUGGGGUAAAAAUCAUUAAGGUCGCUGAACGUCUUUGCUUUGGUGAGGUGCUCGUAAUAUUGCGUUGAUGAAAUUUACGGAAUUUUAUUAAAUUUCUUAGAACAGAUCGUCGUGUCAGUAGAGUGACUAUAACUAGGAUUAUUAGUGUAUUAUAUAGUUGAGAUUAGAUGGCGGAAAACGAAAAAGAUAUAUUAAAAUUUGAUCUCGUAUGCAGCUACAUCAAAACUAAAUUUAAAAGAAGUUUCACCUUCUUACACACUUUUAUUUAGAUUCACUCCGUAUAUAUGUGUGCUUCAAAUCUAAUUAGUAAUUUUAAUUUGGACCACUUCUAGUUGUCUGUUUGAAUUCAAGUUUGGCUAAUUUCCGAUGACAGUGCAAUAAUACGCUUACUUGAAGCUGAUCUGAUGAUGCAGUCGGAAGGUAGCCAAAUGAACUUCUCGAAGGCAAACUACAAACAUAUUAAGUAUAGAGUUUAGGCUAAUUGGAGAUCUCUUUAUGCGUACACUAUGUGUAUCGAAAAAAAUUAUGCCAGUUUGUUUUUAAAAUAAAAAUAUCUUUAUUAGAAAAUCUGAUAAUAGAUUUUUAGUUGCAUAGUCAAUGGACUGAGAACUGAGACUAUUUAUGUAUGGUAGAAAGACGUUGGCGAAGUCGUGGGAAAACAUAUAGCAUCGUAGCUAGAGAGAGCAAAAAUUUUUUGAAAUGUGAAUGAGAUUGCGUUGACCGCAGAAUUUUAAUGAAAUACAGAUGUAAUGCAUAAUUGUUUUCCAUCGUAUUUUCACGGAAAUGUACGAACGUGUCUUGCUGUUUCAGUCAGUUUCGGAACAUAAAGUACUGAAGAGUAGCAUGACAAAUACGAACGUUUCCGAGGAAAUAGGAUGGAAAACAAUUAUUCACUACGUGUACUGUCACGGAGAAUGGCGUAGUAGGCAACAUCAAUGUAUCGUUUUAACAAAUCCAGUGGAAAAAGAUAUAUAAUAUAAAGGCGUGUACACAACAUUUUGGAAUUCCUUUAAAAGGUUUUUCGUAUUAAACUGGGUGUUUAUUUAGUUGAAAUUACUAUUGAACAUGACAUUCGAUAAGGUAAGCUUGGGCGAGAAUAUGAUAGUGAUGGUGAUUGCAGAUACAUUGGGUAUUUGUAAGCAGGGGGUAUGGAAGAGAAAUGAAGAUGAUUGAACUUGUUUUUAUAAUGUACAAUCUGUACAUAUCUAAAUUGAUAAAAAUAUUAGUUAUUAAUUCUUACCCCCCGAAAUCAGUCACCUUUUUUACUUUGUCUUCCAAUUAUAAUUAUAAAAUAAAACUUUUUUUAUAUAUACUUUAUAUGGAAUUAAUUGGGUAAAGCGGGAAAGCCGCCUAGUCGGUAUUAUCGGUGUGGUGCUAUUGCUUUUAAAGCAAAUAUUGAUAGUAGAGUCUCAAUGUAUCAAAAUAUGUAUAAUGAAGAUUUUCUUUUUAUUUUAGUUCGAGAUGUUAAAAGGUAUGAUACUCUAGCUAGACUAGAGCAAAUUUUGUUACAAGCGUCAUGUAGACGAACAGUUUGCCAUUAGGUUUAACGGAGGGUGGAGACAGAUUGAUUACUUUAUCUCAAUAAAUUAUGUAUGACGUAUAUUUUCGUUAACCUUCUGAACGCCAAACGGCGCAUCCAUUUGCCGUGCCACUGACGCCACGGGGGUAAAAUUUAGUUUUGUGAAUAUAUAAUACCAAUCUAAAUUGGUGUUAUUCAGUAGAUUUUCAUCAAAAAACGUUCGACGUCAAAUGCCGCCUUUGGCGUCGUUGUCACGAUUUUGCGUUGACGUCAAUUGCCGUCUGUGGCGUUCAAAAGGUUAAGCUGUUCAGUUGUAGACAGUAAACGUCGCAGUGAUAUCCUAGUUCCAACAAUGAGGUAGUUUUAACCAUGUGACCGCCAGAGACGUCAACCGACUCGCACGCUUAGAGUCAGAUAACAACCUUCACGCACCCCGAUAAGGUUCCGAUGGCGCGUUGUAUAUAAUACGCGUGGCGUUCAAAGAGAUUGGGAUAGUCACCUAAAACUUAUCGUUUUAAAGCGAUGACAAGGCUAUGCUAUAAGAUAAGAUGCAUAAGUGUAAACAUUAUAUUUGCCUCGCUCGCAUAAAUCGUAUUGCAUUCUAUAAAUACCUUUGGUACAGAUGUGGUGCAUAAUUGUUUUUCCAUCGUAUUUUCUCGGAAACGUUCGUAUUUGUCUUGCCAGUUCAGUCAAUGUCAGUACUUUUUAUAUCGAGACUGACUGAAAUAGUUCGUAAAUUCGUGAUGUUCGUAAGUUUCCGUGAAAAUACGAUGGAAAACAAUUAUGCACUACAUUUGUAUAUUAUGGUAACAUCAAUCGCCACGAAAACAUAGUAUGUAAUUAGUGAAACACGCUCCUGCUCGAGUUCAGUGCAUUUUAAAUUGUUAAAAUGACAAAUUGUCCUCGUAAGCUUCUAUCAGUUAUGUUCAGUCUAUAUUCUAUCAUACUGCGUGUAAACAACGCUAAUGUUAAAAGUUUAAGUUUUGAGAAAAUACAGUAUACCUACUCGUACGUUUCUUGCAAUAAUUUCACUCCAGAGUAUAAAAAAACCAAAGCAAGUAAUCGGUUCUUAUAAACUCAUUUUUAAGACGAUUCUAAAUGGAAAGUUAUUUAUACGCCAUAAUUUCAUGGACGUUUGACGUUUAAAAUAACACUUGCACUGCGUGUGCUAUCAAAAUCGUUGCAGACCUAUCUCGCCCCGACUCUAUCUAGACACAAUCUUUUAACAUUACUGUUUACACGUUUUGUAUUAAUUAUAAAGAUUUAUUUUGUAAUUUAGGACCCAGUUAGAGUAAGCUGAGGUGAGAGAUCAAAAUUAAUUUAGCAAAGCACGUAUUUUUAAUACUUAUUCUAAAUAAUAAUCUUAUAAAACAUUUGGAAUAUGUAUUCGGCCGCGUAGGCAUCUGCCGUACCGUGUACUUUUGAAAUUGGUUUUGUUACGCCGAAUGCUCAUAUUAUAUUCGUCAUAUUAGGGCUUAAUCAAUACUUACAGAAAUCAUUUUACGUGUUCCGUGCAAUUCUUUUAUCACGGAACACUUAUUUUUAAUUUAAUUCCAUAAUAAAAUUACAGUAAUAAGUUUUUUAGAAAUUAUUUCUUGAAUGGGUCGCUACUUGAUAUUUCACAAACAUGACAUUGCUAUGGUACGGUAUGGUUAGGUUUACACGCGGCCAUAGAGGCAGCCCUCUUUAUACGAUCUAUUAUACCUACGCGUAAGAUUUUGUAAGCACGUAGAUUUCGUACAUAAUGCAUAACUUGUACAUUUUGUAGACAUUGAGAUAAUUUAUUUUUUGUUUUAUUUUUUUUUGAUGCCGUUGUGGCGGACAUACUUUUAACUCGGAACGAAGCGGCCUGUUGUAUAAAAAAGAGUUAAAGUAACAAAAUAAACAUAAGAAGAAAAACUUACGUGAAUGCAUUCCUCCGCGGAUGCCGCAAAAUAUUUUAUUCUGUUCCACUGGUGGGAUUUGCGUGUGCAUUAAUUUUACAACACUACAUACUACUGAAACGUAUACGUUAUUUUUCUUAAGUUUUUGUUUGUUUUAACUUGAAAAUUGGAAGGCUUUUUCAUAUGCGUCUCACCUGGAGUUAAAAUAUUUAUUAAAUUAACGACUGCGCUAAAAUAAUUUGUUUUUGCAUUUGCUAAAAGUUUUUAAAAUAACGCUACUGUUGCCCACCUCUGGUUAUUCGUACCUUUUACUUUACUUUUAUUAAUUAUAUUAUCCAUAUUCUCGAAACGCGUAUGAAAUUGCUCCGAUUAAUCGUAUUUUGGAACAGGAAGGAGAAAAGUGAUUUGUUUUAAAGUUCACUUCUGUAUAAAUAGUUGUUAAUUUGAGAUUUUGUUUUAGUUUUUAAAUAUGCUAAGGAGUAAUUAAGCGUAGUAAAAAGAAAAUGACGUAAAUAGGUUAGUUUGGUGGCCAUUUUCUUUUUACUGUGAUUAUAUGUAUCACAUCACAUUCAGUAACCGGACAACCUGUGAAAGGCCGCUAGAGACUGACAUUGUAUAUAUACAGGAAUGCUUCCUCAUCGACCACACUGCCCAUGCAACCAACAAUCCUAUUAUGUAAAAUAUAACUUGACAGAAUAUGAACACAGGGUUUAUAGAGUUGAGAAGUCAAAAAUUUUGUGGACGGUGGGACAUCACUUAACCGCUGAACUAAAUGACGCUGCACAGAAACACUAAUCCAACUGGGUUUUCUUUGUCGCGUAUUUUUAUCGUACGAACUAGGACGUAAGAACCAACGAGAUACCUAUAGUUCGUUUUUUUUUAGCAUUAGAAAUAAGGUAAACAAUCUUGAUGUGUCUUUUAAUUGAAAAACACAUUUUAAAAAUAAGUUACGGCAAAUAUGUAACAAUUAUGAAUCUAAUACGAUCUUUUAUUUUCUUCUGCUUUCAUAAGUAAUAGUUAUUGAUUUUUAUAAAGCGUUUUUCAAUUAAAAGACAUGUCAAGAUCGCUUACCUUCUUACAAGUUCUUUCUAUUGCAAUAAAAAACGAACUAUAGCUACUGUUUCUAUUCCCUUAUUUAUUCAGACUAAUUCAAGUAGAUUAAAAAAAUAUACGUCUUAAACUCCAUACAUAAAGUAUAUAUGUAGAACUUGGAUCCAUAAACAUUUUGAGCGCCAUUGACUCACUUUAAACAAUUUAAACGCUCCGAACCCUAAUUUUUUCGCUUAUAGUCUGUGACACGUCAUUUGUGUUCGAUGGUUCUAGAUUCGGGCAAAUGAGGGUAGAGUCUAGAAAAUAGCAGCAAAUUAAAAAAAAAAACAGCGUGUUACGUUAUCGUGCUAAGCCGAUAAACUGAUUUUGAUUAAAUAAUAUCUUCGAAUAUAAAUUGUACCAUCGCCCAUACAGUUAACUGACAGUUCGUAAACCUUAUUACAUAAGGCAUAAGGUCCACCGAUGGGCAGUUAAGAGUGUUGCUGAUUGUAUUUCAUUUACUUUUGGCAGGCCGGCCAGGCUCGUCAAAAUAUUGUUGCCAUGUAAAAAGCUAUAAGUCACUACUUUCGUUAGCCCGAAUCUACACAGUUGGCUUAAACAUUUUUGGCAAGAUAUAAGGCCUACUAAUGGUCACCUCUGUCUUAGUCCGUGUAAAUACAUAUACUUUGUGCUGUGAUUUAUCUUACAAUCUUGUCUCCGAGGUGUUGAAUUGGCCGCAGGUUGAAAAUCAAAUAAUAUAAGAUCCUAAUCGAUUAUAAACAUCGACUACCACAAUAUGUGUUUUAAAUAUCUAUAUUGUAAAGAUUACCACCGGCGAUGUGAGCCCAAACGAUUAAAUUCAUACAACCCGCUAUAAAAUUGUAAAAAGCUAUAACCUCGCGCUUAAUAUAACAUAGCUACAAAAAAAUACCGACUGAAAGCUGUCCACAUACAAUAAAUAAAAUGUAGCGAGCUCUUGCAAAGUUUCCAUACACUCAUGCUCAUUUAUACAAGGCGCAUCCUGUUGUGUAUCUAAUCGUUCGAUAUUGAACUGUACGUAUGUGUAUGUAUUAAAUAAUAAUAUGACUGUUAUGAAAUAAUGUGACACAAUGAAGGUCUCUAGAUUUCUCAAGCGGGUGGCAGUGGUGACACCCGAUUUAUCUGUCAUACAAGCGUUUGUAAGAAACCAAUCAUUGUUAUGCUGUAAAUAUUGUAUUUAUUAAAAUGCGCUAGUAUUGGCUAUGUGCAAAAAAGUGAAAUCCACGCAUAAAAGGCAUAAAAAUAAGCCUUCUUUGAUUUGAACUGGCAUAAUGUGACUUUAAAAAAAUCGCCAUGCGAAAAACAAUUAACAUACAAGUCAAUUUAUGAAUAUUCAGUGCGGAAAGUUCGCCGUAAAGGGCUGUGCCUCUUAAUACAAAAGUCUAUUUCAGACAAAUAUGAUUUAUAUAAAGAUACUUUAUGUACAGGUUACAGGCUUUAAUAGGUACAGGCACAUAGCCGAUAGUAAAGUGCUACAUUUGAUGAUUCAAACCUGAACACCUCGAGUGGCGCCUUCACAAAUCUAUGGACCAUCAUUGGCUUACUCCGAUUGCAGAAACCUUGUACUAUACCAUACUUUUACUGUCGUUUAUAACUAUAAUUUAUAAGAGAUAAAAUUAUUUAAGAUGCUAGACUUAAAGGUAAAGUUCAAAUUUUAAAACAAUGUACAAUCAUCAAACGAUUUGUUUGUAAUCUGACGAGCAAUACCAAGAGUACAAGAGUUUUACUUAAUUCUGCAAUAAGGCGCGGACGCGGCAUAUCACACUUCGAGUUACGGUUAUUUAUUCCAAAUACUUGUAAUGAUAAUUUUAAAGUACCUACAUACGAUUACUUUAUUACCCUGCCUAAGUUUUAUUCAUUGGUUAUGGAGUGGACUAAUUAAUUUAAUAUAAUAAAUAAAACAAGUGUUUUUAUA